GCACUUGAACUCGCUUCAACUUCAAGCGAACCUAGCUACUGACGUCCCACACAACAAGACUUAGUGUUACCAACAACCAUUACAUCUUGGACAUAGCGAAGGAUAAAGAACCAGUUUGGUAGUAUAGGACUUUGUUCACUACUAGUAUGUUGUCCGGUUUCCCGACUCAUUCCCCAAUGUCGCCAGCGUGACUCUAACUGCAAAAAGCAGACACUUCAGCUUGCAAGUACUGCUAUACUUUAGUGAAGGUCGUACUGAUGUCCCUCCUGUUCAACGCUGCUCCGGACAGUCUGCUGAAUGGACAAAAGAAAUUUCUUCAACAGGUAUUUACUCAUGCCGACGUUAGCCACCAGGGAUUCCUGUGCCAGGCUGAUCUCAAGGUUGCCAUGGUAGCUGCCCUGGGUUACAAGGCGUCGAAGCAUGAGGUGCAACGCGUCAUGUCAUCAUGUGAUGACUUAGUCGACUGCAACGGUGAUCCAUUGCCAGGCGUGUGCCUAAAGCACUUCAUAGCAGCCAUGGAAGCGCGCAGUCGAGUGCGAGACAGUGCCGAGUGCAUACGUCAAGUCUUCCUGGCAUUCGACAGGAAAUGCCAAGGUUUCUUAACCCUUGAUGAUCUGAAGCAUGCUGCUGCAUCCGUUGCACCGCGGUUGCCCGAGGAUUCGCUAGAGAUUGCCUUCAGGGAGCUGGAUCGAGAUGGUGAUGGACGCAUCUCCUUCGGUGACUUCGACUUCAUGAUGCGCUACAGGACAUAGCCGGCAGAUGCUAGCACUACGUACGGCAAGUGAUGCCACCGCAGAUUUCCAACGGCGUCAUCAUGCACUUUGGAUGACGUCACCAAGCACCCCCAAUGACCUCAUCGACUAUCCUCCAUCCACGUAGUAACGCGGAUCCGAUCAGGCAUAAUAGACUAGCUCGAAUGUACUGAGUAUCACCAAAGACUGCUGAGUACUGGAGACAUGCUGUGUAUGUGGGCAAUCGGCUAUCAUGCGAUCAGGCUAUCAGGCUAUCAGAUGCAGUGAUGAAUCACCUGGCCACUUCCAUGUGGCGCACUGCUCCUCUACCCAACAUGUGAGAUCGCUGGCCAGAGGCUAUUCACUGUGAACAUUGAUCACUGGUUUGGAUGUGUACUCCCUUGCACCGUAUUGCCAUGAUCCUCACGGUGUUCGCCAAAAGACAGGGUCGUAGGUGCAGAGCCACUUCCAUGUGUCGUUCGGCGCAUUGCUCCUCUCCCCAGCACAUAGGGCCGAGGGCAAUUCACUAUGUCACCAUGAACAUUGAUCGCUGCAUGGAGGGGACUUGUACUCUCUUUGACCGUCGUCUGUGAUCCGGUGUCGGCCAGAACACGGAGUCGUAGGUGCAGAGCAGGACAGGGUCUUGGCCAAUACUGCCGCCGGCAUUGCUCACAGAAAGCGAUGGUUCCUUGGUGUAGUGGUUAUCACAUUUGCUUUACACGCAAAGGGUCCCGGGUUCGAACCCCGGAGGAACCUGAGCUCUUUUUUUUCUUUUUGUUCGGUCAUCAUUGGAGGAAAUUAUAUUCCCUUUCUGGGAUUUGGUGGAUGGCUGGCUGAAAUGCCGCUUGCUUGGGAAAUGACUUCAAAUGAGCUUUAUGACUUUUGGUCAACACAUCGUAUAUUUUAGCACUAUGGACUGCAACUCUUAUAGAAACCAGCUGUUCAGUCAUGGACAGAUCUGGCUACUGCAAGUAGAUCUACAUGUACUGUCGUGGACAUGGAAAUCCAGUCGCACAUCUAGCGGCCCCGUGGCGCUGGCCAUGUAGCCGUGAGCAAGCAGUACACACAUGGAUGGCAUUAUGCGCUGCACCGCGCUGGUUGCAUCGGAUCAACAUGAUUGUGCACGGUACUGUGCGUGCUGAGGGCGCCGGCCCCGGUCAAUCGACGGGAUUUCCAUGUCCACGACAGUACGAGUACUCGAAGAUUAUUAUUUUCUCUAUGCCGGCGCGAGAACUUCCAUAGAUAAGCAUACUAAAUAUUAAUUUCAUUGUAUCAUCAUUUGUAUGUAAUAUGUAAUUAUAUGUUGAUCUCCAGCAGAAUGUAUCUUCAUUUUGUGCCUUGUACAGUACGCGGCAGUCAAAGCUUGCCAAACCGAGAGAAGUUGAAAGCGUCCAUUUGCGAACAGGUGAA